CUCUCCCCGCCCUGCCCGCCCGCUCUCCAUGGCGCCGCUCCCGCCCCUUCCGGAGUGGCUCGGAAGCGGGGGGGUGGAUGGUCGGGCGGGCGGCGGGGCCGAUGUGCCGGGGGCUCCGCGGGACAGGCCGACAGUACCCCAAGUGUGACCAUAAAAUAUGAUUCUUUGCCUGCUGCACCAAACUCCCUGAGUACUUCUUUUGUAGUUUGGUCACGUAGCCUCAACUACAAUGCAACAAGCUUUAGAACAGGCAUUGGAUCGUGCUGAGUAUAUCAUUGAAAGUGCCCGUCAGAGACCUCCCAAAAGAAAAUAUUUAUCCAGUGGAAGAAAAUCUGUGUUUCAAAAACUCUAUGAUUUAUAUACAGAAGAAUGUGAAAAAGAGCCCGAAAUAAAGAAGCUGAGACGAAAUGUGAAUUUACUUGAGAAGCUGGUUAUGCAGGAGACGUUGUCAUGUCUGGUGGUGAACCUCUAUCCAGGAAAUGAGGGUUAUUCACUUAUGCUCAGGGGAAAAAAUGGUUCAGAUUCUGAGACCAUUCGUCUGCCUUAUGAGGAAGCAGAGCUGCUUGAAUAUUUGGAUGCAGAGGAACUACCACCUAUUUUGGUUGAUCUUUUGGAAAAAUCGCAGGUUAAUAUUUUUCAUUGUGGAUGUGUCAUAGCAGAAAUACGUGACUAUAGGCAGUCUGGUAACAUGAAAUCUCCAACAUACCAAAGCAAGCACAUUCUUUUGCGUCCUACAAUGCAGACUUUAAUUUGUGAUGUGCAUUCUAUAACAAGUGACAACCACAAAUGGACACAGGAAGACAAACUCCUACUUGAGAGCCAACUUAUUUUGGCUACAGCAGAGCCUUUGUGUCUUGAUCCUUCAAUAGCAGUGACGUGUACUACAAACAGACUCCUGUACAACAAGCAGAAGAUGAACACUCGCCCAAUGAAACGGUGCUUCAAAAGGUACUCAAGGUCCUCUCUGAACAGACAGCAGGAAGUCGCUCACUACUCAGCUCCACCUCAGCUCAGAAUACUUGACUACUUACAGAAAAGGAAGGAGAGGAAAGCAGCCCAGCAGUAUGACCUCAAAAUUUCUAAAGCUGGAAAUUGCGUAGAUAUGUGGAAACAGAACCCUUGCUACUUGACUGCACCUUCUGAAGUAGACGUGGAAAAAUAUGCCAAAGUGGAAAAGUCUAUCAAGCCUGAUGACUCACAACCAACUGUCUGGCCAGCACAUGAAAUAAAAGAUGACUAUGUAUUUGAAUGUGAAGUUGGUAAUCAGCUUCAAAAAACAAAGCUGACCAUUUUCCAGUCUCUUGGCAAUCCCUUGUACUAUGGUAAAAUUCAGACACUCAAAGGUGAUGAGGAAAAUGACAACCUAUUAACUCCAUCACAGUUCCUUAUUGGUUCGAAGACUGAUGCUGAAAGGGUAGUGAAUCAGUAUCAGGAGUUAGUACAAAGUGAAGCUAAAUGUCCUGUGAAAAUAUUUCAUAAUUCAAGUGGAUCAGUCAAUCUUAGUCAUCUUUCUCCAGGGAAGGAAAUGGAACAGCCAGAAAGCAUAUCAGGUUCUGUUCAGUCUUCAGUGCUGGGGAAAGGUGUAAAACACCGACCUCCUCCUAUCAAAUUACCUUCAAGUUCAGGAAGUAGUUCUUCAGGUAAUAUUUUUAGUUCACAACAGUCAAGUGGCCAUCUAAAAUCCCCAACUCCUCCUCCUCCUUCUAAGCCUCCUGGUCUUUCUCGGAAACAAUCUAUGGAUCUUAAUCAAGUUAACAUGCUCUCUCCAGCUGCCAUGUCUCCUGCGAGCUCUUCACAAAGGUCUGGAACUCCUAAACCAUCUACUCCUACUCCAACCAACACCCCUUCAUCGACCCCACACCCUCCUGAUGCUCAGAGCUCAACUCCUAUUACCCCUUCUGCCACCCCUACUCCCCAAGAUUCAGGCUUCACCCCUCAGCCCACUUUGUUAACCCCGUUUGCUCAGCAGCAAAUGUCUCUGAGCCAGGCACUGCCUGUAAUGACCAUUCCUCUUUCCACCAUGGUAACAUCCAUUACUACAGGAACAGCCUCCACCCAGGUCAUGGCAAACCCUGCAGGACUUAACUUCAUCAAUGUAGUGGGCUCUGUGUGUGGAGCACAGUCACUGAUGAGUGGUUCAAACCCUAUGCUGGGGUGCAACACUGGUGCCAUUGCCCCUGCGGGUAUAAAUCUGAGUGGCAUUUUACCAUCAGGAGGUCUGGUACCAAGUGCGCUGCCCGCUGCAAUGCAGUCUGCCUCUCAAGCAGGCAGCCCCUUUGGUUUGAAAAAUACAUCAAAUCUUCGGCCCUUAAAUCUUCUACAGCUUCCAGGUGGUUCACUUAUUUUUAACCCACUCCAGCAGCAGCUAUCAGAGUUUUCUCCACAGCAGCAAUCUCAGCAGCCCACAACCUGUAGUCCUCAGCAACAGGGAGAACCUCCCUCAGGGUCUGACCAAGGUCCAUCCAAUCAAGAUCAGGCAUUAUCUGCCCAACAAGCUGCUGUAAUUAACCUGACUGGAGUAGGGAAUUUUAUGCAACCUCAAGCCACAGUGUUGUCUCAGCUUGGCUCUGCCAUGAACAGACCUGGGCAAAGCCUUCCUCAGCAGAGACUCCAGCUCUCUUCUGGCUUGCAACAGCAACAACAAGCCUUGCAGCAGCAGCAGCAACAGAUACAAUUGCGAUUCUUGCAGCAUCAAAUGGCUAUGGCAACGGCAGCAGCACAAGCAGCUCACCUGCAUCAUCAACAGCAUUCAGGCAGCCACUCAAAAAGUAAAAGGAAAAGAGGCACACCGGCCCCUCCAAAAUCAUGAGACUUGCCUCCUCCCCAAAAAAUUGGUUCAAAGGGGAUUUUUUUCAGAUUAAUAAGGAGAAAGCUUAAAGUUAAAUCAGUGUUUUUUAUUACUGGUGGGAAAAUUAACUUUUGACAUUACACUAAAAAAAAUGAACUGAUUUUGGAAGCCAGCCCUACAGAACCUAGAAAUUUCAUCUAUAAAGCAGCUAGGAUCUGGUUUCCUUAAGUCAAUUUUUUAACAGAAUGUUUUAUCUUGUAUUUUUUACCACUCAACAGCUCUGUACAUAGGGUGAAAAACAUUUUAGAAAAAAUGAACUUUGUAAAGCUAGUAUUGGUAUUUGUUUAUUUAGUAUAAAAGGUUUGUGAACACUGUAACAAAUACAAUUUUUACAAAUCCA